CUUCUGGAGACCAUUCUCUUCGUCGUGCAUAACCACAUAUGAUAUUUUCCCCCUGUACGAUAGACUGUUGAUCUUUUUGUCCACUUAUUUGGCAUCAUGGCGUCAAUACCGCUGGGCUUAUAUUUAUGGAAAAGGAUAAAAGAGAUCGGAGUGAGCACUAUCAUGGGUGUCCCUGGUGACUUUAACCUCGAGAUAUUAGACUAUAUCUUUCAAGUUGAAGGCCUCAAUUGGGUCAGUAGCGCCAAUGAGUUGAACGCCGCAUAUGCAGCAGAUGGGUACGCCCGUGUUAAAGGUACCCCUGGGGUUUUCGUUACUACUCAUGGAGUCGGUGAGAUGAGCGCCAUCAAUGGUGUAGCUGGAUCUUAUUCCGAGCAAAUCAAGACUAUACAUGUCGUAGGACAGACCACAAGAGCGAUGCAGAAGCAGAGAAUGCUUAUACAUCACUCAAUUGAUAACGAUCCAGACCAUCAGGUGUACAGCAAGAUGUCAGAAGGCGCCCGCGUGGCCUCUGCGAUACUGAUGGACCCAAAGACAGCCCCUGGGGAAAUCGAUCGUGUCAUCAGAGAAUGUUUCAUCCAGUCACGUCCCGUGUACAUAUUCAUGCCCUUGGAUAUGUGUUGGGAGCAAAUACCCGCCAAUCUCUUAGACGCUCCGAUUGACAUAUCUCUUCCAGUCGACAUAUCAGCUCAAGAUACUGCAGUAUCAGCCAUUAUAGAGGAAUUAUCAAAAGCCCAGAGCCCAUGUUUAUUCAUAGAUGGCUUAGUCCAGAGACAUGGUGCUGGGAAGGAGACAAGACAGCUGGCGGAGAAGCUCAAUAUUCCUGUCUACUGUGCCAACAUGAGCAAGGCAAUCAUUGAUGAGACAGCUGAAUAUCAUGUUGGACUGUACAACGGCAUGAUAAGCGCACCAGGCGUGACCGAUGCUUUCCAUACCCAUGAUCUUGUCCUUGUGUUUGGGAGCAUACCUGCGGAUACUAAUACGGGUGGUUUUACGAGGAAAAUUGAUCCACAGAAGAGCAUUGAUGUACGCCCUUUCGAUGUUAUAAUCAAAGGGAAAACAUAUCCUAAGACGUUCAUAAAGCCCUUGACCGCCGCCCUAGUAGCCUCUGAGCCGAAAUGCGCAACACAACCCGACAUACCACUCUUACCUGGUAUUGUCACACCCCAGAACUCUCCCACUGACAGACUCGUCCAAUCUCACGUAUGGCACCAACUCACCAAAUUCCUCCGCCCAAACGACGUCGUUAUCGCUGAAACCGGCACACCAACCUUCGGUCUCUCAGACUGUGCUUUCCCGGCCCAAAUCCGCUGGCUCACUCAAACAUACUAUGGUAGCAUCGGCUGGGCCACUCCCGCCGCACUCGGUGCAGAGCUCGCUCUGCACGAACUCGCUGCGGAGCAAGGCGAACCCCGAGGCCGGACGAUCCUUGUUACAGGUGACGGCAGUUUCGGACUGACAAUGCAGGAGAUGGGGACCAUGAUUACAUAUCGAGACAGGGUCAAACCCGUGGUCUUCAUGAUAAACAAUUCAGGCUACACCAUCGAACGUGUCAUACACGGCGCGCGCCAACCGUACAACGACGUCAACAACCUUGCGUUCAAGCAUAUCCUGCCGCUAUUCCAACAUCCGAGCCCCGACGAACACUAUGCAUUGGCCAAGGAUCCGGCUGAAUUAGAGAAAGUAAUCACAUCUAAGGUUUUCAUGGAGCCGAGUGUGCUUGCGCUGUGCGAAAUUGUGCUUGAUAAGUUGGAUGUGCCGUGGCGGUUGUCGGCGCAGAUUGCGCUGCGGGGCAAGGCGGCAGUAGAGUAUUUGUAUGAGGAGGGUUUCAGUGGGUGGGAGAAAAAGGACGAAGUACCAGAGGAGUGGGUGGAUGGGAAAUCAUUGAUUGGAAAUGAGAGUGGGAGUUACUGGGGUGAGGUGCAGAAUCAGGGGAAGAAGGGGUAAGCAAGGAAUAACGAAGCUAAGAGUACGCACUCAAGCUUAUAGCGGUAUCGCGAAGACGUGAUCUCAACAUAAUGCGGGCAUGUAAAGUUUUGGGCUGACAUUUAACUAACUUGGAACUCUGUCUGCGACUUCAACAGAGCGCGUACAGGAGUAAGAUAGCAGGUACAUGGCAUUACAAACCGAUAGGCAUGAGUCUCGUUGUCUGGACUUCAAUUCAUCUCUUAUUCGUUCUUUCCCACGGAAUUG